UGUACCCGUACUGUUUGUGGAAGACAUGCCCAUUAGCUCGCAAGGAAGUAAAUAAAAAAUACAGUUGUUUUUAAGUGUAACAUCAGAAUGAAAAGGCAACAUCCGCGGUGCUGGAUCCAACUUUGAGCAGUAGUUCACUGUUCUGAACUCAAGUCCUUGGCCUGUGAGGCAGAUCUAACAUCCCACAACUCCUUUAUCUGACUGAUUCUUUGACACAAGCGUCACCAUGCUCCUGGAUCUUACAGCAGCUGAAGAUCAAUGUGUUUGACUGAGUAGUUGGGUAACUGUCAACUCUGUCAUCAUGGGAACGACGAUGAGUGAGCCGUGCAUCUACGACAAACUGUCUGAGAGCAUCGACAUCCUCAGACAGUCGGGUUACCGUUACGGCAUGUCAGAGAGGGAGAUCGAGAGGUUCAUUAAGCAGGUCCUGGAGACCAACGAGCCCAGGAGAGAGCCGCCACAGUUCCCCAUUAUGAGAGCCACAAUAAAGUUUGUUGUGGCAGUGGGAUUCCUGCUGAUCGUAGUGCUGGCCUUCACUUACCCACAAAGUGCCCCACAGCUGGGUCUGGUCCACCUGGGCUGUUAUAACUGGUCAUCCCCCCUUAGCCACGUCCGUCUGCUGUCUCUCCCCAUCGCCAAGAAGUACAACCUGCAAGGUUUUCAUGAAUGGUGGAGUGCCGGCUCUCUCAGGCAGAAUCUGGUCAACUGUUCUGGCUGUGCAGAGAUCUCCUCAGUGCUCGAAGUCCCAGAGAGCCUCAGAGGGACGGUGACUCUGAGAAGAGGGCCCCAGCUUGUCCUGCUGAAGGGUGGAGAGUCCCUCAGCGUCCAGCGGCAGCAGCUUGAGGAGCUUUAUUUAGCUCAUUCAGGCUCCAUGUCCGUCCUACUGGAGGAAGACGAUGGUCUGCAGAACCUCAACCUCGGCCUCCCUCAAGGACCCGCCAACUUUACCCUCCUCUGGCGGUUCAGCUCUGGGACAAGGGAGAAGGUGUUGAGGUGGCUCUUCCCGAAGGCUGAGCUCUGCCCCCUGCUGGACAGUGCCGGGACCAUCGUGCAGCGCUGUCUGGUCACACACAGCACAAACUCUCAGAGCAAGGGUGUUGGGGUGUUUGGCUGGCUGGUGGUGGGCGAGGGGCUGCCAACAGUCCGAGUUCUGCCCGUUCAGCGCUGUCAGAAACACUGCAGCUCCUUUAACUUGUGGCUGACGCCUGGAGACAUGGUGUACGCGGACCCUCGGUACUGGCAGAUGGAGCUGUUCCCCGGCCGAGGUCAGAACAUCAUCUGUGACGGAUCGGCCUUUUAAAUGUCCCGGUGCAGUGAAGCCACAGAGGACAGACCUGAUGUCUUACUGAAUGUUUGACUUCCUGCUGAGGCGUUUUCAGAGCUAGCUGCUCGUUCUGUGGCCCCGCCCACUGAUGCCUUAUAAACCCGUCUGAGUAUAGAGAACUAGUUGAGAACUGCAAACCACUGCACAUUGUCUGGAAAGAUAAACCUGCAGGUUUGAUUCAAAGGUGGAAGUCAUAGGGACUUGUCUUCAUCAGAGCAUCAUCAAGCUUAAAGUCUGCAGCUCACACGUUCUGGAUGUUCUGUGCUCGUGCCAUAGCAUCAAACAGACUAACAGUUAAACAGAGAAAUAAACUUAUGGGUUGUGUCUCUUUUGGAAGAUUAGGAAUCAGUGUUGAUCUUGUUUCAGAAGGCUUCUUUGAUCAAUGUAGGGAUGUAAUUGUAGGUUGAGUGCUUUCAUUGGCUUUUUCUCCUCAGUUAUCAACCAGUCAGGGCUUCAACAAUCGUAGAGAUGAGCAGAGAUGUUAUCCUUCUGGCCCACAUUCUUGGCUGACAGACGUGGAGCACCAUGAGGUAAAUCCCCAAUCAAUCAUCAUCAAUCAUAGCUUCUUUAGGGUUAUUUUGAUAGUUUGUGAUGCUUACACGGAUUACUCACCAACAUGCGUGGCUUCUAUUGUUAGCAGGAGUAAAAUAGCCCGCCUUUAUGCCUCUAUCCACUUAGUAUUAGAUGUUAAGAUUAAUUUAAGCAAUUUUAUACAAACACAUGAAGAAAGAGUCCUAUAUUAAAACAUCAAAGCUAUAAAUAAAUUUAAAACCUCAAAUGAAGAUAAAAGCUAGAGGACUCACUAAACCUAAAACCCUAUAUAGCCUGUUUCCCGUAUCCAUGGCAUGGGAUGUAUUUCACAUUCAUCUAGGCAACACCCCAUAGAUGGUGUUUGGGAAGGGCAGAACCUUUCAAAUAAAAACAUGGGAGUGUGGUUGGAUGAAUUAUCUGUCACGUUCAAUUCAGGAAAAUCAGAGCAAACAUACUGUACAUAGUACAUAUAUGUAUGUUGUACAUACUGUACAACAUACAUAGUACUGUGCAGAACUUUUAGAUAUGUUCAGACCAAAAAUUGAAGCUGAUGGCACAUCUAAGGCAUAAAUGUGGCGAGUAAGCUGCCUGAGGGUAAUAUAAGACAGGGAGGAGAAUUGACACAACCCUGUUCUUACUCUUGGUGUCUUUGUAUGGGGGAAAUAAUCUGUUGAAAGAAUAACAAAUUCCACAUCUUUAGGUUGGAGUAAGGGGUGGAUGUGGUGAGUAAGCAUGGUCGAGGGUACUGUCCGAGUAGAUAGUAGAGUUGCUUCAAGCCUCUGGUCAUUCAGUGGAUGUCACAAGGGCCCAAACCCGCUGACAGUCUCAGUGUGAUUUUGCAGGGGUGAAAAAGCCCAGAUGAAAGAGAUACCUACAUGCCUGAAACCAAUGCACAUGACUGUAUAUAUACAUAGACUAUCAGUGGAGCCAGUUGAUAAAUCAAACGCUUACUGAAGCCACUUAUGAGAUGAACAAAAGCACAUUUUCCACCAAGAAAUCAUGCAGUUUGACUCUUUGGUCUUCUUUUAAUAAAGAAAUGUCCUCUUCUGAUAAAACCCCCACUAUCGCUGCAUCCAUGCUGACAUUGUUUUCAGAAUUGCAGUCACUUUAACUAAACCUUGCCCACACCAACUAACUCAGUCUCCUUAAAUGAUGUUGAUUGGUCCAGCUGUUCUCUGACUGGGAACCAGCAUAUUAGAUUGAAAGGUGGAGCCACCAGAUGAAUCCAGACAAUCCCCAGCCAAGAACCCACAGCUUUCUGCUCCUGUCUUGAUGGAUUAUGGGAACUUUCUGUUGAAUGAUUUUGGUGUUGGUACUUUCUGAAUGUUCACUACCUACUCAAGUUCUUAGACACACCUGCAGCUUCAUUUUCUUCUUCAUAUCUGGGUCCUUCUUUAAAGUUAAAGGGCCAGUUCAACCAAAAAACAACCCAUUUUCAGUGAGUUCUUUGGAUGAUUUAGGCUAACAGAGAUCUGUUUGUACAUUUUUCUCUCUUUGUAUUUUCAUUUAUCUUUUUUAUUGUUGUGGUAAAAAUCUCUGAGACUUAAAAAGAAAAUGCCCCAGAGAUAAUAUACAUUUAUUUCUUAUUAGGGUGAACUGAUCCUUUAAAAAACAGUCUCUACUCUUAAAAAACAACCAGCAUCAGGACAUACUCUGUCACUUUAUUUCUUCUGGUGUUUCCUUAACUGUUCUCUGAUUUAAUGAUGAAGCUGCUUCUCUAAUUUCAGUGUCUUUAUUUAUUGUUAUGAUUGUAUGUAUAUUUGUUCAAGCCAUUACUUUUAAUAAUAAUGUGUUGUAAUAUUAUUGCUCUUGGAUGAGUCAACAGAUUGUUUUGAAAAUCUGUGCCGCAGUGGAGGAUUUAUUCUGUGUAUAACGAUCAGGGUUUUCAUGGCUCUGUAAGAGAAUUAUAUUGAAUAAGUUUGCCAAAGUAAAUGCCUGUAAAAUCUGAGUUUCACUGGUUAAAAAGAUCAUCUCUACUUUUGUUAGUGUCCCAGAAAAUCUCUUGCAGUAAUUUAAAACAUCACCAGUGGGGGCACUGAACAAAACUAGGGAGAAAAUCUUGUCAAGUGGACGCUUUGCAUAGAAAUGUCAUAGUUUUAUGAGAAAAUUAAAACUUGUCAUGUAUUUACCUCAUUUGUGUGGGAUUUUUAAUCUUAUUUUUCCAGUUCAUGUGAACAGAAGUGUUGAAAAGUCUUUCUUAUUGGGCACUUUAUCAGGUGACCUUGAAAAUGUUUUAUCUUCCAAAGGGGGGACCAGCAGAUAACGUUUGGGAACCCAUGUGUUCAUGUCUCAUGUCUGCCAGGCUUCCUAAACAGACUUAUCCAGUUAGUCAUUCAGUCCUUAAAUGUGAUAAAUACUGAUGAAAAUGGAUGGAUGCUUAAGUAUUGUUUAAAUUCUUGUACUCUGAGUUUGUCAAUUUGUUGUGGCUUUGUACUUAUACUUAAGGUAUUCUGAAAGGCAAAAACCUUUCCUUAGUGUUUAACAGCAUUAGUUUGGCUAAUUAGAUUUCAGAUUAAAUUCAGUUUUUUUUCUUUGAAGCUAAAUCUAUGCUCC